GCGAGCGUUGUUGCAUUAGUGUCCGUAACGCCCUGGCCGCGCAUCGUUCCACCACCUCGCCCUCGCAGCCGGCUAGGUCUACGGACGCUAUAGGACUUUACUACACCACUUUCUGACUUGACUUUCAUAUCAAUCCACCGGCGCUGCACGCAAAAUGAUAACCCUCACUACUACAAAGGUGCCCGCUAUCCGCAACACCUUGCAGAAGUUAACGUCGACAUGGCAAUGCAGAAGCCUUGCAACUGAUGCCACGUUUGAUAUAAAAGCGUUCAAACUUCAUAAAUUAGAGUCUGGACCCAGUACAACAGUAACUGUAAGUAAAGAAGACGCUAUAAAUUACUACAAACAGAUGCAGUAUAUCAGACGUAUAGAAACGGCAGCCGGUAACUUGUACAAGGAAAAAAUCGUCAGAGGAUUUUGUCACUUAUACUCUGGACAGGAAGCUUGCGCAGUGGGUAUGAAAUCGGCAUUCCGCGAACAGGACUCAAUAAUAUCAGCGUACCGUGUUCACGGCUGGACAUACUUGAUGGGUGCAACACCGGUGGAGGUGUUGAGUGAACUUACUGGUCGAGUCGGUGGGGUAGUUCGUGGUAAAGGUGGUUCCAUGCAUAUGUAUGGUAAAAACUUUUACGGCGGAAACGGUAUCGUUGGAGCUCAGGUUCCUUUAGGAGCGGGCGUUGCAUUGGCUGCAAAAUACUUGGGCACUGGAGGAGUAUGCUUUGCUUUGUACGGAGAUGGCGCUUCAAAUCAAGGUCAAGUGUUCGAAGCAUACAAUAUGGCUAAAUUAUGGAACUUGCCCUGCGUAUUUGUCUGUGAGAAUAACGGGUAUGCAAUGGGAACGAGUUCGGAACGGUCAGCUUCAAACACAUCUUACUACACCCGGGGCGAUUAUAUACCCGGCAUUUGGGUAGACGGCAUGGACGUACUGGCUGUUAGAGAAGCAUCAAAGUUUGCGGUGGAUCAUUGUGUUAAUGGAAAUGGUCCCAUACUUUUAGAAACAGUUACUUAUAGAUAUUCUGGUCAUUCAAUGUCUGAUCCUGGCACCUCAUAUAGAACUCGAGCUGAAAUUCAAGCUGUAAGGAUGACUAGAGACCCGAUUACAUCGUUUAAAGAAAAAAUUCUCUCUACCAACCUUGCAACCGUUGAAGAUCUCAAGAAAAUUGAUAGUGAAAUAAAAAUAGAAAUUGAUCAAGCGGUUGUGAAAUCAAAAGAAGAUGCAGAAAUAUCACUAGAUGAGUUGGCCAGUGACAUAUAUGCCAAACCACUUGAAAACGAACAACGAGGGGUAGUACCCUGGCAAAAGAUAAAACAUGUUAGAAUUGGACCAGCUUUCAAUAUUAAAUAAGAUUAUUAGAAUACAUGAUGUCAGGGUAAAUACAAUUUGUAAAGGUUAUACAUUUUGAUGUGAUGGAGUCGGACCACUUAAAGCAGGGUAUUUGUUUUUUGAAUGCAAAAUACGGUUAUUAUAAUUGUUAAUUUUUUGAUUUAUGAAAUAUUUUUUAUUAAAUGA